CCCAACUUGGUUUGGUCUGCAGUUGUGAAUUGCUGUGUAUCCUGGUAGAGGGUAGAUAUCUAUUACGUCCUGCUUAAGCCAGGUCUCGGUAAGAAUAAUGCAGAAGGGUGUCUUUAGUGUUUCAAGGAGUGCCAGGAGGUCAUCAUAGUGUUUGCUUAAGGACCUGAUGUUGUAGUUAAGUACUGAUAGACUUUUAGCAUUGUUUAGGAUAGUGCUGGCUUGUGAUGCUGUGUAAUAAAGGCAGUUACUUUCCAAUAGGUUUUGAUUGGGUGUCAGAUUAUGGAGGUUUAGAUCAGGGUCAACGUGAUCAAUCAUCUAGGUUUAUAUUAUGGUUAUUUAUAUCCUGAGUUGUGUGUUGAGUUCUAGUACUGAUAUCUGUAGUGGUGGGAAGUUUGGACAAGUAUAUAGCUAGAGUAUUUUGGUCAUAUAGAGUAUAGUCACUACUACACAUAAUGAAGUUGAUGUUGUCUAUGUGUUGUGCUGGAAUGAACUAAAGAACAACUAGGUAUAAACUAGUAAUAUAAAAAUACAAAUUAAAAAUAGAACAAGACUCUCACUUGUAAUUGCACUAAGGUCUAAUAUAAUGACUUUUGUGGAGUCUAUGUUUUGUUGGACGUAUUUCCUUUCGCUUGCUGUUCCCUUUAACCUAACAAGCAAAUAGGUACCUGGGUGUUAGUCGACUGGUGUGGGGUCGCAUCCUGGGAGACAAGAUUGAAGAAACCCCUAUGGAAAUAAGACAGUCCUUGAUGAAGCACUGCUAUCCGGGGUGGUUAACCCAUCGGGGUUAAAAAUCCGAACAAAAUCUUAUCUUAUUUAGCAGUAAUAGUAGAAGACAUGGUACUAGUAGUAGUAAUAACAGUAGUAGUGUUGGUCAAUAUAAUAAUCGGUAAUCGUCCGUUACAAUAAUCAUGUGCUGUGAACAUAUAGUCUCGUUGCUGCGUUGAUAACAUUAUCUCCUCACUCCUUUGAUGAGUUCAGAGUUUUUUUUUUAUAUACCCCCUGAGCCCGGCCUUGGGCCAGGCUCAUCUGGUGCUCACAUGGUCAACCAGGCUGUUGCUGCUGGUAGCCCGCUUACCCACAUAUCCGUCACAGCCUGUUGAUCUGGCACCUGGUGACGAUACUUGUCCAGUUUUCUCUUGCAGACUUCUACACUUGACCCAGCAGUGUUUCUGAUGUCUUCUGGUAUGUUAAGAUAAGAUAAGAUAAGAUUUCGUUCGGAUUUUUAACCCCGGAGGGUUAGCCACCCAGGAUAACCCAAGAAAGUCAGUGCGUCAUCGAGGACUAACUUAUUUCCAUUGGGGUCCUUAAUCUUGUCCCCCAGGAUGCAACCCACACCAGUCGACUAACACCCAGGUACCUAUUUGCUGCUAGGUGAACAGGACAACAGGUGUAAGGAAACGUGUCGAAUGUUUCCACCCGCCGGGAAUCGAACCCGGGCCCUCCGUGUGUGAAGUGGGAGCUUUAGCCACCAGGGCCACCGGGCCACCUUAGGGAAGGUUCCUUGAUGUUGAUGAGGGGCUCUUGAUUUAGGGAAUUGGAUCUGUGUUCCAGUUCCCUGAAUUAAGCCUGAAUGCCUUCCAUAUCCCCCCAGGCGCUGUAUAAUCCUACGGGUUUAGCGCUUCCCCUUGAUUAUAAUAAUAAUAAUAAUGAAUAGUCUGGGGCUACGGAUUUUGAUACAGUGCUCCGGUGUCCCGGUGGCCUGGUGGCUAAAGCUCCCGCUUCACACACGGAGGGCCCGGGUUUGAUUCCCGGCGGGUGGAAACAUUCGACACGUUUCCUUACACCUAUUGUCCUGUUCACCUAGCAGCAAAUAGGUACCUGGGUGUUAGUCGACUGGUGUGGGUCGCAUCCUGGGGGACAAGAUUAAGGACCCCAAUGGAAAUAAGUUAGACAGUCCUCGAUGACGCACUGACUUUCUUGGGUUAUCCUGGGUGGCUAACCCUCCGGGAUUAAAAAUCCGAACGAAAUCUUAUCUUAUCUUAUCUUAUUGUGCCUAUUGUACCCCUGUAAGUUAGUAUGUAUGUACGUAAGUAAGCUUGUUUGUUUAGGUACAUUAAUAACUGGAGCAUCACGUUAACGUAGACGUGUCAUUCCUACUACUACCGCUGGCGGAGAAAGGUUAAGUGACGUAAGGUUACUUUAGGUUGGGUUACGUUGGGUUUCUUUACGUUAAGUUACCCUUUCACAAAAUAAGCCUACAUAACUCACCUAAUGUUGAAGAUUUUAAGAAAUAUAUUAUUGAUCGAUCAUUUCAGACUAAAAGCUAAGCUUCACAGCGACCAAAUUUUGUUUUAAUUUUAUUCUCUAAGUUUUGUCCGAAAUACUAUGCAUUCUAUGGGCUUUCUGAUUAUUGUAUAUUUUGUGAAUGCAGUAACUGGAAAUAAAGAAUUAAAUAUAAUUCUAAAUCUUAAAUAAUUGAGGGUUAUCCUCACACCUCUAAGACCAGGGAUCCAAGUCAGCAUCAAACCCAUAUAAGCCUACCAGAAACACUUCAACCUAAAUAAGAGAAGUAACGUUAUCACAUAUGUUAAACUAGGUUGAUGUGAGGGUUUAGGGUAUGUAAAGUGAGGUUCAUGUGUGUGCAGUGUCAUAACACGGGUGUUAGAGGCAGGUGUUGGGUCUUCUUCACUUAGGCUGCAUUGGAGUCUUAAGGUUCCUUCACUGCUGGAAGAAUCUGGCUUUUUAACAGGCAAAGAUAACAUCAGAUAUGGAAGAUGAAGAGGUGUACUCAUCCCCACCAGUGGAACUUGAAACUGAAGUAUCGACUGUCCAGGAAGUUGAAUCUACAGAAAACUUCAUAACACAAGAUUUAGUUGUUCAUUCUGCUCCAGAAGAUGAAUUUGUAUGGGAAGAAUACUUAGAGGAGACACAAACUGAGGCAGUUCCUCCCACAGCAUUUCAGCAUGUGGAGAAGAGUUUAGAAUCUGGAGUAUUAGAGGAUCAUCUGGUAGAAGUGGUUCACUCUGCACCUGAACAACAGGGAAAUGAAUAUUGGUUGGCAAAAGUUGUUACCACAUGUGGGCCACUGUUAAGAUUGCGAUAUAUAACUCAGAGUUCAGUCACUGUAGAAUGCUGGCAUGAGAUUGCAAAUAGGAAUCUCCACCCUGUAGGCUGGUGCAGUCAUCAUAACAUGAAUUUGUCUUUACCAACUGACCUUGCUUCAGUUUUGUUAAAUGAUGAAAGCAUAAAAGAGGCCAAAGAGGCAGUAGAGCAAGCUCAAAAGGAAGGUACAUCAGUACCAGAAGAGGCACUUGAUGUUGAGGGCUAUACUGCAGUGGACCGCAUCAAGCAAGGAAUGAAAGUGGAAGUGUUAUUUAAUGGCAACCCAUUGUGUGGGUGGGUAGCAACUGUGAUGGAUAAUGUUGGUGGACGCCUUCUCCUACGCUAUGACACCCCUGAUUGCUCUGGUGAUACAUUCUGGCUCUUCUAUCAGGAUCUACGCCUCCGCCCACCAGACUGGAUUUAUCAUCAGGGGUUACCUUGGAAGUACAGCCACCCUGGAUCUUCGGCUUCUUAUGAAUAUGCAGAAUGGGCUGCUCUCUUGGAAUUGAGUCGUGAUGAUGCAAGGCACUCGUCCCUUCCAGUCUCUCUCUUAGCUCCGACAUUUACUCCAGAUGUUCAUCGGUUCAAACCUGGAAUGUUAUUAGAAACAGUGCAUCCUUUCAAACCAUGCUCCAUACAUGUUGGUAGAAUAACUGAAAUAAUUGAUUCUCAUUUCUUUAAAAUAACUAUUGAUUCUAAUCAAGUAGAGGAAGUGUCUUGGAUUACACAAAUAAAUGAUCCAUUGAUACUGCCAGUUGGAUUUUGUAAAAAAAAUAGUUUGAGUUUAGACCCACCUAAAAAUUGGUUGAGUGAAGAACAUUUUGACUGGGAUAUUUACUUAAAUUCAUCCUUAUCAGUAUGUGCUGACUGUGACAUGUUUCCAAAAUUUAAAUCAUCUGAGGAAAUUGGCUUCUUACCUGGGUUGAAAUUAGAAGCAGUAAAUCCUUCUGCCCCCAAUGAGAUUUGUGCAGCCACUGUUAAACAGACGUGUGAACAUUUGUUGGUGGUCCAGCUUGACUCAGCACUAGACUUGAGGCCAAUACUUCAAGCAUCAACAAGUCAAGAUCUGUUUCCAACGGGAUGGUGUCAGACAAACAAUUACCCUCUUCAGUUACCAGCAGAAUAUUUACCUCGUGGCAGAAGUCUUGAAAACUCUACAGUGGAAAUGAGUCAAGAAAGAAGUAAUGAGAAUUCACAGACAGUUGAAUCACUGUUAAGUGGAGGAAGUCAGCGAUCUCUUUGGUGUCCUAGAUUGUAUGUGAACCACUGGUGCUAUACAGGACCUUAUCUCAGCAAAUCUAAAGUGGCAAAGCAGUCUCAGAGUGUAGGUCCAGGAUCAGUAGAACUGGUGUUACGGGAAGUACUCUCGAUGACAAUCAAUGCGGCGUAUAUUCCAACACGCGUUCUGAGAGAGCUGGAGCGCAAUGGCCCUGAUCCACAACUUGUGUCUUCAACAUGGCAUCUCACACCAUUUAAAGCAAAAUUCAAAAGAUAUGCAUAUACUGCCAAUAUUCCAGUGGCCACUUUAGCAAGUGAUGUAAGUGACUUCCUUUACUCCAUCUGCCAGACAUUACAAUGUUGUCCUAAUCUCUGGUCACCUAUGCUGACGGGGGAAAAUUGCCCUUGGCUCUGCACAUCUCAAAUGACAAUUCAAGGCAAUCCGUCAUCAUGUCUUCGAGGCAGAGGUAGAAUUUCCAUUAACAAGGGUGUUAGAGGUGGACCAGGAGCAUCAAGAAUGUUUCAUCGACGUAAGAGGGGUGGCCGUAAACGUCUCUUUGUACCUGUCAGAGCAAACCGUCUCCUGCAAACUAAAGGUUUAACAAAUCCAUCAGAUGAUAUAUCAGAGGAUGUUGAAGAAGAGGAAGAUGCUGAAAUUGAGGAGGGUGAUGAUGAUGAUGUUGGAAGUGGUUCAGAUGAAGGUGAUACAAGCUCCCGUAGUUCUCGUCCUACAAGCCCUUUCCUAGAACAUGGUCUUGGCAGUAGACGGCGACGAAGAGUUUUCCCACGGCUUGAAAUGCAGACUCGAGGUAUCAAGUUGCCUGAUUAUGCAACCCAAAUGAAAAUGAGACAUGUAAAAAAAAAAUAUGAAACUGGAGAAGCUUCAUCUAGUGCUUCAAGUUUCCGUGAAGAACCAUUAGAUCGUAAAGAGCGAAUAAGAAGAGAUAGAAAAAAUGAAUAUCCUGAUACAAAUUCUGGUCUAGAACCUGCAAGUGUUACAUCUGAUCCUUUAGAAUGGACAGUUCAUGAUGUUGAACAGUAUGUUGCAAGCCAGUCAGCAAUAUGUCAUCAUGCAGUCAGACUGCGGGAACAAGAAAUUGAUGGACGUGCUUUUUUGUUACUUAACCUUCCUACUUUAGUACAGCAUCUUGGUCUUCCACAUAGUUCAGCAGUUGCACUUGCUCAACACAUAUGCAGAGUUAAACUAGCACAUUUUCUUUUCUAUUACAGAGCUGAAGCAUGACCAUCAUUUUCAUACAGAGGAGUGGCUAUUAUUGAGUAGAUUAAAAUGUGUUUUAUGAAGACUUAUAAUGCACAUUAUAUAAUUUUGCUUACAUUCAUAAGAUGAUCUACAGUAAACUACUGUAUAUAAAUAUGUUUUCUUUUUGUGUAAAAGCGUUUAUUUAUUGAUCUUAGGUGUAUCAGUGUAACCUCAUGAAAUUGUGUGUGUGUGUGUAGAUAUAUUUUUAUUUUUGUUUUCAAUAAGUCGGCUGUCUCCCACCGAGGCAGGGUGACCCAGAAAGAAAGAAAAUCCCCAAAAAGAAAAUACUUUCAUCAUCAUUCAACACUUUCACCUCACUCAUACAUAAUCAGUGUCUUUGCAGAGGCACCCAGAUAUAACAGUUUAGAAGCAUAUAUAAAGAUAUAUACCAUAUCCUCCAAACUGCCAAUAUCCCAAACCCCUCCUUUAAAGUGCAGGCAUUGUACUUCCCAUUUCCAUUACUCAAGUCCAGCUAUAUAAAAAUAACCAGUUUCCCUGAAUCCCUUCACUAAAUAUUACCCUGCUCACACUCCAACAGCUUGUCAGGUCCCAAAAACCAUUCGUCUCCAUUCACUCCUAUCUAACACGCUCACGUACACUUGUGUGUAUAUGUGUAUGUGUAUAUAUAUUCUUCUUCUUUCAACACACCGGCCGUAUCCCACCGAGGCGGGGUGGCCCAAAAGGAAAAACGAAAGUUUCUCCUUUUACAUUUAGUAAUAUAUACAGGAGAAGUGGUUAUUAGCCCCUUGCUCCCGGCAUUUUAGUCGCCUCUUACAACACGCAUGGCUUACGGAGGAAGAAUUCUGUUCCACUUCCCCAUGGAGGUAAGAGGAAAUAAACAAGAACAAGAACUAGUAAGAAAAAUGGAAGAAAACCCAGAGGGGUGUGUAUAUACAUAUAUGCUUGUACAUGUAUGUGUAGUGUGACCUAAGUGUAAGUAGAAGUAGCAAGACAUACCUGAAACCUUGCAUGUUUAUGAGACAGAAAAAUGGACAGCAGCAAUCCUACCAUCAUGUAAAACAAUUACAGGUUUCCAUUUUACACUCACUUGGCAGGAUGGUAGUACCUCCCUGGGUGGUUGCUGUUUACCAAAAUACAUACAUACAUAUUACAUACAUACAUACAUACAUACAUACAUACAUACAUACAUACAUACAUACAUACAUACAUACAUACAUACAUAUA